AUGGCCUGGGUACCACCGAUUAUCCGUCUUUGGGCAAACGGCAAGGCAUGUGAGUUACAGAGGCAUAUACGAAAACACACAGGAGAGAAGCCAUACAAGUGUGAGAUAUGUAGUGCUGCUUUCUCUCUGAAAGGUGAGUUACAGAGGCAUAUACGAAAACACACAGGAGAGAAGCCAUACAAGUGUGAGAUAUGUAGUGCUGCUUUCUCUCUGAAAGGUGAGUUACAGAGGCAUAUACGAAAACACACAGGAGAGAAGCCAUACAAGUGUGAGAUAUGUGAUUCUGCGUUCACUCACUAUACUUUACAGCGACAUAAACGAAUACACACAGGAGAGAAGCCCUACAAGUGUGAGCUGUGUGAUGCUGCUUUUUCUCAGAAAGGUAAUUUACAGACUCAUAAACAAACACACACAGGAGAAAUGCCAUACAAAUGUGACAUGUGUAGUGCUGCUUUCACUCAUACAAGUAAUUUACAGACACCUAUAAGAAUGCAUACAGGAGAGAAGCCAUACAAGUGUAUAUGUCAUGCUGCUUUCUCUCAGAAAGGCGUAUUUCAGCAACAUAUUCGAAUACACACAGGAGAGAAGCCAUACAAGUGCGAGAUAUGUGAUGCUGCUUUUUCUCAGAAAAGUAAUUUAAAGCGUCAUAAACGUAUACACACAGGAGAGAAGCCCUACAAGUGUGAUAUAUGUGAUGCUGCUUUCGGUCUGAAAUGUCACUUACAGAGACAUAUACGUAUACGCAGAGAAGAGAAGCCAUACAAGUGUGAGAUAUGUGAUGUUGUUUUCGCUUGGAAAGGUGAAUUAAAGAGGCAUAUCAGAGAACACACAGGAGAGUGGCCAUACAAGUGUGAGAUAUGUGAUGCUGCUUUCUCUCUGAAUGGUGAAUUACAGCAGCAUAUACGAAUACACACAGGAGAGAAGCCAUACAAGUGCGAGACAUGUGAUACUGCUUUCUCUCAGAAAGGUGUUUUACAGCAAAAGAGAUAA